CACCCACACCCUACCGUAUUCCCCAACACCACACGGUCCCAUUCCUCUUCUUCUUGCAAGUGCGCGCGCGUCUAGAAGCUUCUAGAAAGUUCCUUUGUUCGCGCCGGCCAUGGGCAACGGCCUCUCCCCGUGCUUGCACAUGUCGGCGACAGCGGCGACGCCCGCGGCGGCGAGGCUGGUCUACUGGGGCGGGCAGACGAGGCUGCUGCCGGUCACCGACGACGAAGACGACAACGGCGGCUGUUCGAGCUCCUUCACGGCGGCGGACGUGGCGGCGGAGCUCGCGGCGGACCACAUCGUCUGCGCGGCGGAGUCCUUCUUCGUGGGCCUGCCGAUCCCGGUCGUGGCGCCGGCGGAGCGGCUGCUUCCCGGGCGGGCAUACUUCGUGCUCCCCGCCGCGCGCUUCUCGGUGGCCACGAGGCUCACCGCCGCCACGCUAGCCUCGCUCGCGCCGCCGGCGCCGGGGAAGAAGAAGAAUAAGAAUGUGUUGGCCGUGCGCAUCGCAGGGCCGGGCCAGUGCCCGUUCGAGUAUGUCAAGGGCGCCGAGGACGGCGCCACGCCGCUCAUCAGGGUCCUGCCGGAGUUCAUCGAGAAAGUCAUCGGCUGCAGCAACGGGAACGACAGCGGCGCCAAUGGCAAUAAUGGCGCCGCCGCUGGAGGUGGUGGCCGGCGUGGGAGGAGCAAGAGCCGAGGAGCGGCGAUGGCGUCGGCAACGGAGACGGAUGAGCUGUGCAGCACGCCGGAGCUGAAGCGGCACUACGCGCAGCUUUUCGGGCCGAGGAGCCGGCCGUGGUCGCCGGCGCUCGAGACGAUAUCGGAGCGCGGCAAGCGGGGCGUGCUCUGGUUGCCGGCUAGACUACUCUCGUCUUCACGAUAGGCGCAGCAGUCUUUCACCAACUAAUUGUUCAUUGAUGUGCAUAUAGAGAUCGGGAAAUUUCGUUUUUGGGAUUAGUUGAGAUUGAUUAUGACACGGUGUACUAUAGCAGUACAACUUACGGAGUACUUAUGUGAAACUGAGAGAUCGUUAAUUAGAAUCAGGGGUAUGAUAUGAAACACGAAAUGACAGACAUUUUCUGAAA